AUGUUUUUCGAAUACGCGGAAAUAACGGAUCCACUGUAUGUGGAGAAUAAAGAGCAAACUUGUGAGGAGGACUACAUCAUGGUACGCGCGAAACAAUACGGUGAUGUGCCAAUCACCAUUCCCAACUGGGAACCACCGGCUCAUUGCUACACGAACAGAUUUCAGCAACACGAGAAAGAUCUGCUCGACAUCGAAGUGUUUCCAGAUGAUGUGUGGGUCGCAUCGUAUCCAAAGAGUGGGACCACAUGGUGCCAGGAGAUGGUUUGGUUGAUCUGCAAUGAUCUGAACUUUCAAGCGGCACGUGCAGAAUCACUGCGAACGCGGUUCCCCUUCCUGGAUGUUAGUUUAAUUCACGACGCCAAGAUGAACUCGUUCGAACGUGUGCGACAGACACCUCGGCCACGAUUCAUUAAGACACACCUGCCAGUAUCGAUGCUACCGAAACAGUACUGGAGUGUAAAACCGAAAACCGUUUACGUUAAACGCAACCCAAAAUCGGUGGCCGUUUCGUACUUUCAUCACUCUCGCGGGAUCUUCUACCGCGGUACAAUGGAUAUGUUCGUGCGAUCGUUCGUGCGUGAGCAUCAGUUUUAUUCACCGUACCAUGCGCACGUAAUUGAGUACCAUGAAUUACGAGAGUGCGACAAUAUUCUACACCUUGCGUACGAAGAUAUGAAGCGUGAUCUUCCGGAAGUGGUUAGAAAGGUGUGUCAGUUUUUUGGAAAGUCCUACAGUGACCAGCAGUUGAAGGAACUGUACGAGCACCUCUCGUUUAAGUCAAUGCGCGAGAAUAAAGCUUGCAACUACGAAGAUGCAAAUCAACCACGAGAAGAAGGGGAGCGAUUUAUUCGGAAAGGUGAGAUGGAGAGUUGGAAACAGGAGCUGACCAAAGAACAGAUUGAAAUACUCGAUCAGUGGACUAUAGAGAAAACUCCAAAUACUCAACAUAGGAAAUUGUUCGAAUGA